AAAUUAAAUAUAAGCAAUAGCGAAAUAUGCUGCGUUUGGGUGGUAAACAAAUGUGCCGACAGGGUGCCUGGGUAUUUCAACGCGUUUCGUGCCUGCCCUGCAGCAGAAAUAUUUUACAAACGGCCACGAGAAAGAUGACACAACAGCGUUCGCCGGUAGAUUUUACCACAAGCAUUCGUAAGGAUCCCAAGGAAAAGGACAAGAUCACAGCUCUUGGCUGGUUCCUGCUGCUCAUACCCGCUACCACAUUUGGCCUGGGCUGCUGGCAGGUAAAGCGCAAAAUCUGGAAGGAGCAGCUAAUUAAGGAUUUGCACGAGCAGCUAAAUGUGAAACCAGUAGAUCUCCCCGAAAAUCUAAAUGAUUUGUCCCACAUGGAAUAUCGCCUAGUCAAUGUGCGUGGACGGUUCCUUCACGACAAGGAGAUGCGCAUGGGACCGCGAUCACUCAUACGUCCCGACGGUGGGGAGACACAGGGUGGUUUAUUCUCCCAGCGUGACGCCGGCAAUGGUUACUUGAUUGUAACUCCUUUUCAGCUGUCGGACAGAGAUGACAUUGUGCUAAUCAAUCGUGGCUGGGUGUCCCGCAAGCAUGUGGAUCCGGAGUCACGCGCCCUGGCGCAGGAUCAGUCGGAAGUGGAGCUCACGGCUGUGGUCCGUCAGGGGGAAUCGCGUCCUCAGUUCACGCCCGACCACAAGGGCGUAAAUAUGUACCUGUACCGCGACUUGCCACGCAUGUGCGCGGCCACAGGGGCUGCCCCAGUAUUCCUGGAUGCCAUCUACGAUCCCCAAGGUAUACGGAACGGUCCAAUCGGUGGCCAGACCCGCAUCACCCUGCGUAACGAUCACAUGUCGUAUUUGGUGACCUGGUUCAGCCUGUCAGCAGCUACCUCGUUCUUGUGGUACCGACAGAUCGUCAAGCGAUUACCGUUUUAAAUGGAAUGAAACACAAUUAUUUUUAUUUUUAUAAAAUUUACAUGCUCUCGUGUAAA